UCAGUCAGCCAGCGUGCACGCGCACCUACAGAUGAACUUCAGCGAUGCUCCUGACUGGACUCGCUCGGUGCUUCUGAAAGUGCGCAGAUUUGUGAGAAAGUUCUUUUAAGCGGCAUCUUUAGUAUUAAAGCGAACUUUCAAUAGGUUUUACGACGCGCCGUGAUGGUGAUAAUGACGGGAGCUCGUGUUUGCGCGGUGUUUGUGCUUGUAAUGUGUGUGUCCGGAUUGUGUGAGGCGGGAUGCGCGGACAGACCGACACCGAGAUGCUGCCCGGGACGGAAUAACGAGUGCGUGGAGAGGAGCGCGAGGAGAACCGUGUGUUACUGCGACACGUACUGCAGGAGGAGCGGCGACUGCUGCGACGAUUACCAAAACGUGUGCCACAUAUCAGCAGCUAUAGACUGUGAAGUCAGGCAGUGGGGUCCCUGGUCUCCCUGUUCAUCUGUCUGUGGGGCGGGGACUACAGAGCGAAGCCGACAGGUAGCCACGCCCCCACGCAACGGAGGCGCUCCGUGUCCCGAUCUCAAACAGCGCAGAGGGUGUCUCGCACACAAUGAGGCCUGCAGUGCAGCUAAAGAGGUGGCCAAAAUCCUGCCUGACUCAUUCAAGCGGAACUUUAAGGACCCUUGGAGACGGCCGCACAUGCUUAUGAAGGAGGAAAAGAAGAGUUAUUGCGUGCAGAUGCGUGUGAAGCAGGCGAGCGCUGCGUGUAAGGUGAGACCGUGGAGUGCUGGUUUGGUCCGCGAGCGCGCCGUAUGUGUCGAGUGUCAGAGCGACGCCAUGACGACCGAUGACCGCUGCCUUGGAGACGGGCUGCAGGACAUCAGAACCUACUGGACCGCUGCAUCAGCACCAGGUUGCUCUGGGUCGUGGGUUCGAGAGUCAUUCACUGAGGACUGUCGGUGUCCGUCUUACUCCAUGAUUUUUGUCUGAACCAACACACCCUUUAAAGCUCAUUUCGAGGGACAUGUUAUUCCAAAGCCUAUUUUUGAAGCCAAAUUCUCUCCAUCAAAAGUUAAGCAAUGACGCCACAGCAUAUCUGUGUAUCUGUGCCUCCACAAAAACAACACACAACCCUGUUUUUCUGAAGCUCUUCUAUCUACCUCCAGAAUUCACCUGCACCCGUUUCUGAUGCCUUAUAUUAUAGUUUUCUCUGUACUGUUUUUCUACUUCUUCUGAUUCUGAUGUACUGUAUUUAUAUACGUUUGAAUGUAUCUUCCAUUUGUCAGUUUGUGUGUUUGUGUCUGUGCAAUUAUGCACCUUCUGUAAUUUUUGUCUGUUUUGCGUGUUUUUGAAUGCAAAACUUGUUUGUUAAUGCACGUGUCGCUGAAAGAGAAGCUAAUGUAUAUGAAUGUUUCUAUUUUUAGUAUUUCAGUUUCUCGAGAUCCCUUCUUUGCUCUUUUUCAUGAGUUCUGGAAAGUGUCCUGACCUGUAGAAUACUAUGAAGGGCACUUUCACACUGUUAAACCAAAGUCGCUUUGACAUUAGCGUUCAGUUUGUUUGGUUGGUCUGAAAGCUGUAUUUGAAACCGCACUUGAUUCUUCUUGAAAAUGGGAUAGGGUUCUUGUGUUUGCAAUUGGUAUAAAAGCUAAAACGGUGCAAAUUGUGGUCGUGAACUACAUCUGAUGACGUGCAAUUUGCCCGUGACAGUAUAAAUUAAUUUCUCUUUGCUGCUUGUCUCUUCAUAAAAUCCCAUUUAUUUUAUUAAAAUAAAUUUCCAGUUUAUUUAUUAUUACAGCAUCUCUGACUUUAAUAACUAGUGACUCUCGCGCACACUGCGCCAAAUAAACGCUUUCUAGAUUGCAGUUUCAUUGUAUUUUUCACCUGUAAGUAAUAUUUCAACAGCUUGAGAUUUAUUGAUGCUCUUGUAUGAUUUUGUUAUUUGCAAUGUUACUCUUUUUCCAUCACACAUUAAACAGUCAUACGUCUCA